CUAAUUUCAAUCACAGACAAAAAAUAAUUAAAUUAAUAUUAUUGUCUACGAUCCUACGAUCUGUCAAACGAUCGAAACGAAACGCUUCGCGAUAAAUUGGAUUUAUUAUUGAAUGGAAAUAUUGCGGAUUUUCUUAUUCGUUUGGUAUCUAAAAUUUUCGGACCUAUCUGUUCUGUGAAACAAUUCAGUGUGUGCUUUAUUUUUUUUGUUUCUUUGUGUUAAAAGAGGAAGUUACUUUCUACUGAUUGAGGGGACAGGAAACACAAUAACAACAAAAAUUGUUUCCCAAAGCGACGGUGGCCGUCGCUCACCGUAAGAUGCGUUCGCUGCUAGCGUACUACGCGGAUGCAGUGAUGUCAGCGGCGGCUCGAGGCGCGGGCUGCGCGCUGGACUGCAGCGGGCGCGGGGACUGCAUGAACGGCACCUGCCUCUGCGAGAUACGAUACUCCGGGGAUGAAUGUGCUGGACCUAACAUGCCAUACCAUGCCUGUAUUGGUGGCGUGUUCCUCCUGGUGGCGUUUGUAUGUGCGGUACAGCUAACGAUAUGCGUGGUGACGGAGUACCGCCGUCUGAAGGCUCCCACCUUCCUCCGAGCCUGCAAGGUCACCACGCAGAAGAUGCUGUACCUCGUCGCCUUUCUAGCUUCGUUGAUACGAGGCGCCUACUUCGUGUCACCGUCGGCGUUCCAAGAGGGCUGGGCUACGAGCCUGCUCUCCGCUUACUAUCCUCUAUUGUUGUCAGGAUCAUCGCUCAUCGUCUGCUUCUGGGCAGAGGUAUUCCACCUUCGCGACAUCCGCUGGGAGAGGCCCAGGUUUCUGUCGAAGUCGUUCCUCGCAUUCGUGACUUUCAACUUCAUCAGCUACUCGCUGCUGGCAGCUGAGGUCCUCACCACGAAUGUCGCUGGCACGUCUCCGAAGGAAAAGAGUUUCUACCAGCACGUGUUCAACGGUUGCUACGCCGUGCUGCUGUUCAUCGUGGUAACUUUCUUCCUUAUCUACGGCGUGGAGGUUUAUUUUAAGCUCCGCGGUGAGUUUCUAAAGGAGACCAAAGUAUGCACGAUCAUAUCGCCCCGUCCGGGGCCGUCGAGCGCAGACGAUGGCGAUGACGUACAGGACACGCUCGUCACCAAACAGGGUAUACAGACGGACUUGGCAGCGGAUGGCUCGGUAGACCCUCGUUCCGUGGACGUGUCGCAGCUGCAUCAGUCGCGCUUCGGCCUCAUCAGCCAGGCCCUGAUGCUCAUCCUCAUCGCUGGCUUCCUAGCUUCUGAGACCCUCAGCGAGUUCUGGAAAACCAAAGUCCCAGUGGUAUCCCGUAACUGGCAUGACCUGGUGUUCCGUCUAGCGGAGAUCGGUGUAGCGCUAUGGUUCCCGUGUGUCCUGUGGAACUCCAUGGCUCCCGAGCGCCUGUGGUUGCUCAACCCCCGUCGCCUGUUGGCUCGCCAGCUCGACGACGCGAGACUAGCCGACCUACUCGCCCAACAUCAUGACGCCAAGAAUUUGGUGGAAAGUCACCGUUUGUCUUGGACGGAGAGAGCUCAGUUGGUCGUGAGGGUGGUCUCUUUAUGCCGAUGUUUUGUAGCCAGGACUAUACUGAGUGUGUUCCGACCACAAUUAUUAGCUGUUAGAGACAGUGCUGAAGAUCCAAGCGAUACUGUUUCGGACUUGCCUGCCAAAUUCGCUGCUAAGCGGACUCGUUGGUGGGCAGCGUGGGGUCCGCGCGAGACUGCUGGAUCUGCUACGACAGCUCGCGCUCCGAGCCGCUCAUCCGGCCCUGUCGGUGCACCGGCGACGUGUCUGCCGUGCACCACGACUGUCUCAGCCGUUGGCUGGUUGAAAGUGGUAUGGGAGCGCGGGUUCACGGUGGCGCACUGGGCGCGCACGGCGCUGGCGGUGGCGUGCAUGUGCGCGGCGGGCGCGGCCGCCUGGGUCUGCGUGCAGCUCGCCGCCUCGCCCGUCGCGCGCGUGCUCGCCGCCGGCGCCGCGCUACUCGUCUGCUACGUCGCCAUCAGAUUCCUUGGCAUGAACACAGUGAGCGCUUACCAGCGCGCGAAGGUUUCGUCCCUGCGCAUCUUGACCGAGCCAUUAACAGAAAUAACGGGUCAAAACGACCAGGGACAACUCUCCACCAUCAGCAACACAGUCACAGUGGAAAUAGCAUCGAAAGUCGUCCUCGAACGGGCACUCAAGGGUGAAGUGAACAAAUAAAAAAAACUGUUUCAAUAACUAUUAAAUAACGGUGAAUAACUAUUUGAAUAAUGGUGAAUAACGUUUAAAAAAACGGUGAUACGUCAGUACAAACGCAGUGAACAGUGAUGUGAUACAGUGGUAACGAACUCGAUAUUUAUUUAUUCGAGGCCCUAAGAACUAUUGCGAAGUAUUUCCUAGACAAAAAAAAACUAUAAAAUUGACACAAAAUUACGUAAAUUUAAACUUUAAUAAGACUUGGAUUAAAAACAUGUGAAAAAUUACCAUAGAAGUGUGGUUUCUUAAACAGUCGAUUAUUCGACUAACUCGCGAGUAUACGGACUAAUCGACUAAAUACUUGUUUGUAUAAAGUAUAUUAAAAUUAUAUUUUAAUUCUUCUCCUUUAUUUUUCGGAGUAAGAGCUUAUUCCACGCGUUAGUAUUGCCUUAAUUAUUUCAUUAUUGUAUGCAAUUAAGAUACCUAAAAUUACACGUAAACAUUUUAUUGUUAUUCUCUUUAUGCCAAAUGCUUUUUUAUUGUAAAUUCUAAAUUAAAAGUAUGGAAAAUAAGACGAGAAAACAUAGUUUGAAUGUUAUAAUUAAUAUUUAUAAUUUGAUGCACGACACCAAUUUUUUAACAAAUUCAAAAUGGCUGCUAUGGUUUUGGCGCAUAAUUUGACAUUUAUUAUUUGUUGUCAAUGUCAGUUGAUAGGCCAUAGAGUUUGGCGCGUACUGUUGAACUUUUUUGAUUUAGUAUGUAGCCUUUUUGUUUGAUUACCUGUAUAUUUAUUUAUUAAGAUCUCAUUGCGUCGUGCUCACAUAGUUUCUUUUGAAAGUCAUUUCCAUUUUCUGUUAUUUUUUUUUGUUAAGAUGAUAUACGUACUAUUGAAAUGGCGGUGUAUUUGUGAGUAGUUGUUCGGGAACAUUAGUUUUAUUUAUCAGUGAUAUAUUUUUAUUUUAUUAUUAUGUUUGUGUGCGUAUUUAUUUAAUUUUAAUCAUUUGUAAAAAUAGUUGUGAGUUUCAAAAACGUUUUGACUCCAAGAUUAAGCUUUUUUUAUCUGUGCCUAACCUCUCGAUACUAAAUAAAUUUAAAAAGACUGAAUGUUAGACACUUACUUAUUAAUUUAAUCUCGCAAGAAAAAUGAAGAAGUCUCGAUAACGAUUACGACAAAAAUAGGUCGCUAAUAGGUCGUCAGGUUAUAGAUUUUCUUCUUUAUUAUAAAAAGAUAAGCCUGAAAAUCUAUUGAAGAUAUUCACGAUUUAGCGAUCAGAUUUUAUCGUUAUUAAUAUUGCGACUGCCUUGUAAAAAAUAAAAAUAUAUUACUUACUACUAAUUAAAUUAACUAAAAAUCGCGGGUUAACGUGAAUAUGCUGAGAAAAGCUCUACUAGUUUCGA